UUGUGGGAUUGGAGCGGCGCUAGAGCCGAGCGCGGACGGCCGUGUUCGCGGUGGAUGGUUGGAAAUUGUGACUAAAUCUUUAUGCCGGGAGCUGAGAGCGGACAGGGCGCUGACAAUGACGGGCUGAUACACGGCCGUAUGCGAACGUCAGUGCGCCCAGCCGUGUGAACGCCGCUGAGCGGAAAGAACGGAGCAUCGGCUCGAUGGACGCUGCUGCUGCUGCGGUGCGGCACUCGGGGCUCGCGACGUUUCCCGGCUGGUGAAAAGCGCUCGCUCGGAUCGCGUCCGAGGAUCGCUGUGUGUGUGUGUCAGCACCGCGGCGCUUCGCCUCACGAACUGGUUUGGGGAAGAACUAGGAAGUCAUCAUGUCCACGAUGACGACCAGCAGCCCCGAGGCGGUGAAGAGAUUCGUGGAAAACGUGCAGACAGACCUGCGGUCGCUGUCAAUGGAGUGUAAGAAGAAAUUCCCCCCAGUGAAAGAGGCGGCAGAGUCGGGGAUUGUGAAGAUCAAAACCAUCGCAGCGAGAAACACAGACAUCUUGGCAGCCCUGAAGGAGCACAGCUCGGAGGUGGUGCAGCCUUUCCUCAUGGGCUGCGGAACCAAGGAGCCCAAGAUCACACAGCUCUGCCUAGCUGCCAUCCAGAGACUCAUGUCGCACGAGGUUGUGUCUGAGGCAGCUGCAGGGAACAUCAUCAACAUGCUGUGGCAGCUGAUGGAGAACGGCCUGGAGGAGCUAAAGCUGCUACAGACAGUCCUAGUGCUGCUGACCACCAACACAGUCGUGCACGAUGAGGUCCUCUCCAAGGCCAUCGUCCUGUGCUUCCGCCUCCACUUCACCAAGGACAACAUCACCAAUAACACGGCAGCCGCCACCGUGAGGCAGGUCGUCACCGUUGUCUUCGAGCGGAUGGUCGCUGAGGAUGAGCGCUACAAAGGUGUUGAGGACCAGCCACCUCUGGUCCAGGGCAACAGCAACCGCCGGUCCAUCAGCACGUUGAGGCCCAGUGCCAAGGAUGCCUACAUGCUGUUUCAGGACCUGUGCCAGCUGGUGAAUGCUGAUGCCCCCUAUUGGCUGGUGGGCAUGACCGAGAUGACGCGCACAUUUGGCCUGGAGCUUCUGGAGUCUGUGCUGAAUGACUUCCCAGGUGUUUUUCUGCAGCACCAGGAGUUCAGCUUCCUCCUGAAGGAGCGCGUCUGCCCACUUGUCAUCAAGCUCUUCUCACCCAAUAUUAAAUUCCGGCAAGGUGGUGGCUCCACAGCGCCCCCUUCUGCUCCAGUGGAGAAGCCCUACUUCCCCAUCUGCAUGCGGCUGCUGCGCGUGGUGUCUGUUCUGGUCAAGCACUACUACAGCUUGCUGGUGACAGAGUGCGAGAUCUUCCUGUCCCUGCUGGUGAAGUUUCUGGAUGGGGAGAAGCCACAGUGGCUGCGGGCUGUGGCGGUCGAGUCCAUCCACAGGCUGUGCGCACAGCCACACCUGCUCCGGUCGUUCUGUCAGUCCUAUGACAUGAAGCCUCAUUCCACCAAAGUGUUCCGGGACAUUGUCAAUGCACUGGGCUCCUUCAUCCAGUCGCUCUUCGUCACGCCCAGUUCAGGCCUUCUUGCCCCUGGCAGUACUCCUUUGGGUGGGUCCGGGUUGAGUGGACAAGCUUCGUCCCAGGGUGGUCCCGGAACAGGGUGUGCGGCUGGGGGGACCAUAAGCGCUCAGGCUGCUUUUGAGUACCGUGGCACCUGGAUCCCCCUCGUGACUGUCAGCGUCCAAGGCAGCGUCAAGGCUACCUACUUGGAAAUGCUGGACAAGGUGGAGCCUCCCAGCAUCCCGGAAGGCUACGCCCUCUCUGUGGCCUUCAGUGCCCUGCUAGACCUGGUGAGGGGCAUCACCUCCAUGAUUGAGAGGGAACUGACCGAGGAGGAGGUUGAAGAAGAGGCGGAGGAAGUUUCUCGGAGGGAUUCGGAGCCAGCUCGUAGCCUGGAGGGAGAGGACUCAACCCAGGGCCUGGCUGGAGAGAAGGAACCGAGUCCUAGGCUGGUGUGGGAGGAGAUGGUCAAUGCGUGUUGGUGUGGCCUUCUUGCUGCACUCUCCCUCCUACUAGAUGCCAGCACGGACGAGACCGCCACCGAAAGCAUCCUGAAAGCUGAGCUGACGAUGGCGUCCCUGUGCGGGCGCCUGGGCUUGGUCACUCCACGUGAUGCCUUUAUCACAGCCGUCUGCAAAGCCUCUCUGCCGCCGCACUACGCCCUGACUGUGCUGAGCAGCUCUGCAGCCUGCCUCUCCAACAAGUCAUACUCCAUUCAAGGCCAGAAUGUUCAGAUGAUCAGCCCAUCCAGCGAGUCCCAUCAGCAGGUUGUGGCUGUGGGGCAGCCGCUAGCAGCCCAACCACAAGGCACUGUAGUGCUGACAGCGAAGAAUAUCCAGUGCAUGCGCACCCUGCUGAACCUGGCACAUUGCCAUGGAGCUGUGCUGGGGACAUCCUGGCAGUUGGUCUUGGCCACCCUACAGCACUUGGUGUGGAUUCUAGGCCUGAAGCCUGGGAGUGGAGGUGCUCUGAAGCCUGGGCGAGCAGUGGAAGGUCCCAGCACGGUGUUGACCACGGCCGUGAUGACUGACCUCCCUGUCAUUUCCAACAUCCUGUCCAGACUGUUUGAGAGCUCCCAGUACCUUGAUGACGUGUCACUGCAUCACCUGAUAAACGCCCUCUGCUCACUGUCUCUGGAGGCUAUGGAGAUGGCUUAUGGCAACAACAAGGAACCCUCUCUCUUUGCGGUGGCGAAGCUGCUUGAGACCGGCCUGGUCAACAUGGACCGUAUCGAAAUCCUGUGGCGGCCCCUCACCGGCCAUCUGCUGGAGAAGGUGUGUCAGCAUCCAAACUCCCGGAUGAGGGAAUGGGGCGCAGAGGCGUUGACCUCCCUGAUCAAAGCAGGCUUAGCAUAUAAGCACGAGCCCCCGCUGUCCCAGAACCAGAGGCUACAGCUGCUGUUGCUGAACCCGCUGCGAGAACUGUCCGAUAUCGUGCACCCGGACAUCCGGCAGAAACAGCUGGAGAGCGUGUUGCAGAUCCUGCAGAGCCAAGGAGAUAGCCUGGGUCCAGGCUGGCCCCUGGUCCUAGGAGUGAUUGGGGCCAUCCGCAAUGACCAGGGGGAAUCCUUGAUUCGAACGGCCUUCCAGUGCCUGCAACUGGUGGUGACAGACUUCCUUCCCACCAUGCCUUGCACAUGCCUCCAGAUUGUUGUGGAUGUGGCUGGCAGCUUCGGGCUUCAGAAUCAAGAGCUGAACAUCAGCUUGACCUCAAUAGGACUGCUGUGGAACAUUUCAGACUACUUCUUCCAAAGGGCGGAGGCCAUCGAGCAGGAGUUGAACAGGGAGGAGGUGCUGCUGGAGAGGCAGGCAGAGGAGAAGGGCAUGGCCCUUAACCGGCCCUUCCACCCAGCUCCACCCUUUGACUGCCUGUGGCUGUGCCUAUACGCCAAGCUGGGCGAGCUUUGCGUUGACCCUCGGCCUGCCGUGCGCAAGAGUGCCGGCCAGACACUCUUCUCCACCGUCACAGCCCAUGGCGCCUUGCUCCAGCCACCCACCUGGCACACUGUGGUCUGGAAGGUGCUCUUCCACCUCCUGGACAGUGUUAGGAAGUCGUCCACCACUGCAGACAAGGAGAAAAUCGAGUCCGGGGGCGGGAACAUCUUGAUCCACCACUCCCGAGACACAGCUGAGAAGCAGUGGGCGGAGACCUGGGUGCUCACGCUUGCUGGAGUGGCCCGCAUCUUCAACACCAGGAGACGAUUGCUGCAGUCACUCGGGGACUUCUGCAAGGCCUGGGAGGUCCUUCUGGACCACAUCCAGUCUGCUGCCCUUAGCAAGAACAAUGAGGUCUCACUGGCUGCACUCAAGAGCUUUCAGGAGAUUCUGCAGAUCGUCACACCCGUGAAGGACUCAGAGAGACUCGAUGCCCUGGGUAUGCCUGCCCUCGCGGAUCCCAUGUCUGCUCCUGGGCCUGGCCGCCCCUUGCCGCGGUCUGACUCGCUGGCAGAGCGACUGGCCCGCUACGAUGGGAUGGAACAACAGCUGAACCUGCCUCUGGGGGAUGAGCUGGAGGACUCAGCCUUAUGGUGGGCAGCCUGGAACACCUGGUACCGCACAGGCAUAGAGAGCACUCGGCCACCUGGGCCCGCCCAGCGGCUGGCAUUUGUCCCCAGCCAGCCCUUCCUUACUGCCCUGGUGCAGAUCUUCCCUGCCCUUUACCAGCACAUCAAGACUGGCUUCAGCAUGGAGGACCUAGGGAAGCUGGGUGUCAUCCUGCACGGGGCUGUGUCAGUGCCCAUCAGCUCAGAUGCCUCUCCCUUCAUCCUGCCCUCCUAUACUGAAGCUGUCCUCACAAGCUUGCAGGAAGCUGUGCUCACAGCCCUGGAUGUCCUGCAAAAGGCCAUCUGUGUGGGUCCAGAGAACAUGCAGACCAUGUACCCAGCCAUCUUCCAGCAGCUGUUGCGGUUUGUGGAGUUCUCCUGCAAGCCCCCACAGUAUGGAAAGCUGGAGACCAAACACGUUGCUAAUGCUAAGUACAACCAGAUCCAGCUGUUUGCCCCGGCGGAAUGGGUUGCCUUAAACUAUGUCCCAUUUGCGGAGAGGUCCCUGGAGGUAGUUGUGGAAUUGUACCAGAAGACUGCCUGCCAUAAAGCUGUUGUCAGCGAGAAGGUCCUGCAGAACAUCAUUAAGACACUGAGGAUUCCCUUGGGCCUAAAGUAUGCCUGUCCCUCUGAGAGCACGUGGAAACUGGCCGUCUCCUCCUUACUCAAAGUGCUCUCGGUGGGCCUCCCUGUUGCACGUCAACAUGCCUCCUCGGGAAAAUUUGACACCAUGUGGCCUGAACUGGCAAAUGCUUUUGAAGACUUCCUUUUCACAAAAAGCACACCUCCAGAUAACCUUUCAGUUCAGGAGUUCCAAAAAAAUGAAAGCAUAGAUGUUGAGGUGGUCCAGUUGAUCAGCACAGAGAUUUUGCCGUUUGCUAACUUCAUCCCCAAAGAGUUUGUCGGACAGAUCAUGACAAUGCUCAAUAAAGGAUCCAUUCAUUCCCAGUCCUCCUCAUUUACAGAGGCAGAGAUUGACAUUCGUCUGAGGGAGCAAUUCUCCAAGGCCUGCUUUGAGACCCUCCUGCAGUUCUCCUUCAACAGCAAGGCAGCCACGCCCCAGGAGGGCUACAUCUCUCGCAUGGCCCUCUCCGUGCUCCUGCAACGGUCCCAGGAUGUCCUGCGGCGCUAUGUGGAGGAUGAGCGGCUUAGUGGACGCUGUCCAUUGCCCAGGCAACAGGUGACUGAAAUCAUCUUUGUCCUGAAGGCAAUCAGCACUCUGAUGGACUCUCUCAGGAAGACCCAGCCGGAAAAUGUGGAUGGGAACACAUGGGGACAAGUGAUUGCCCUCUACCCCACACUGGUGGAAUGCAUUACAUGCUCUUCAUCAGAGGUCAGCUCUGCUCUCAAGGAGGCCCUGGGACCAUUCAAAGACUUCAUGCAGCCGCCGGUGACUAAAGUGCAGAAUGGAGAGUCCUGACAGUCUCCGUCACUGCAACAUCAGGGCAUGGGGAGUAUUAGGUUGCGUGAGUGGAGCUGUACCGGCCCAUGGAGUUAUUUUCCAGAAGUUAACAUGAGGGUUGACUUUUCAUUUAACAUGAAUCCACCCCACACCUUUGUAACCUUGAAGUGCUGUCAGCAGGAGCCUUUGCAACCUGAAUGUCACAUUGGCAGAAAUCCUUGUUCGUUAGCCGAAUCUGACCGGCUAGGCCUCUAAGUUACCUGCCACAGUAUAACUGGAGUGUUUUUGUUUUUUUCAGAAAGAAGGGCAAAUAAAUGUACAGUGUGUGGUGAUAGUGUUCAUGGUGUAAUUAAGAAUAAAGUAUUUCAGAUUUUUUUUACAUAAAAUCAAGACCAACAAGGUUCUUUGCGCACUUUUUGAAAGGUUUUGCGCAAGUUCUAACUGCAACAUUCCAUGUCAUUUUUAGCAAGCCUGAGUUGGGAUGUACUUAAUGUGUGUAAAAUAAAUCAUACAGUUCUGUAUAAAAAUUCUCAUUUAUGCAAAAUUCCAUUGCUGAGGUGAAUCAUUUCAAACUUUGUUCAGAUGUAUGAAGUGAUACCUGAAAGCAGUCUAGUGGUUAAGGACAUGGUCUUUUUAACCUGAAUUUUCUACUUCAACACCUGGCACCCACUCCAGAUGUAGUCCCCUUGAUCACGAUGCUUACCCUCAAUUUAUAUGGUAGGAAUAUACUGCAGUAUAAAUUUCAAAUAUUGUAAGUCUCUUUGGGAAUUUAUUAGGAAUUAACAUUUGAAACUGCUUAAAUUUGAAUAAAACAUGGUGUGACUGCUCAACUCAUGGUCAGUUCUCCAAAUUGGCAGUCUCUUGCAAUUUAAGGGAUUUUCUUUUAAUGUAUUUAUUUGGAGAAAAGGGCAAAUAAAGUGA